UGUUAUCAAUAUGUCCUAUUGGAAGGGUGUCGCUGUGUUACUGUUUAUUUUGUCACUGUGCCACACCAGGCGUACCCACGCUUGCAACGGUGGCUACAAAUUAAUUCUUCAUAGCAUCGAGAACUGCGGUGGUGAUGGCCAAAUCAUCACGAUCGAUCCGAAAUCUACGAUCACGCUAAUGGACGACUGUUCCGUGAAGUCCAAAUCCACAGCCCGGACGACCGGUUUCAAGCAAGCGAUGAUGCAAGUGACGAUCACUAAAAAUGGAUUGCCCGUGCUGAAGGAAUCGGUCAAUAUUUGCGCCAGCCUGAGGGACGCGGCCAACAACAAGGAUGUGCAGGAAAUAAUCACCAUGUUCGGUGUUCCGGACCGCUGCCCCGUACAGGCGACGGAGGUCAAAACGGACGAAAGCCAAACGUACAACCUGGAAAAGUACAAAAAUCAUCUCCUGGUCGCACAGGGCCGGUCCAUAGUGGAUGUGCUGAUCACGCAUGACAAGGGUGAAAGCUGCUUCAAAUUUGACCUGGAAAUAACGGCCGCAAACAUCGUGGGUUAGUGCUGACGGGCUCAACCACAAUUCUCCAAAAGCCCGUAAGGAUUUCCAUUCCCGUAAUGGGCUGUAGUAAAUAAAUACGCGAUGCAAUAACUGAUCAAUAACUGCUGAUUGCCUAUCGCAAGGAGCAAACUCCCGAACUGUCACAUCCAUAUUCUCACAGCAUACGAGCCCUGUUCGAAAAGUGUCGCGAAUUUCGCAUCGGACCGAAGGCGGCAUCGAUGGAGCAGCAGAACAAUAUCACAUGAAAUGAUUAUUGAAGUGCUUCAAGGAUAGAA